CUGCCUCAAGCAAGAAGAUUAGGGGAGCAAGGCUAGAGGAAACACAGAGUCUAUCUGGAAGCCUUUCCUCAGACAUUGUCGGUGAAAACCAUUCACCAGGCAAGGAGAAACACAAUGUCCACCAUGACGGAGUUGAGGCUCACCAGAGGGGAGAGUAAGCAUUCUCAAGAUAUGCAAGUGGACAAGAAGCUCCCCGGGAAAGUUCUAGGCUUAUGUUCCACUCGCUAUGGGUUGGCCCUCAUUGUACAUUUCUGCAACUUGUCACUGGUAGCACAGAAUAUUAUCAUGUACAUCACCAUGGUAGCCAUGGUCAACAGCACAGACCAUCAAUCCCUGCUUAAUAGCUCCACCGAGUGGCUGCCUGUUGAUUCUCUUGGAGGCGGAAAUAAAACCCCAAAGAGUCUUCCUGCAGGGGUUCCUUUGUAUGACUGGAGCCCCAAAAUUCAAGGCAUCAUCUUCAGCUCUAUCAGCUAUGGCAUGAUACUGACACUGGCUCUCAGUGGAUACCUGGCUGGAAGAAUAGGAACAAAGCGAGUGUUUGGUUGUGCUUUGCUUGCAUCUUCGGUUCUUGCUCUUCUCACCCCUUUGGCUGCUGACUUUGGAAUAGCUUCCCUCAUUGUAACUCGAAUAGUCCAUGGUCUAAGCCAGGGCAUAGGAUCUGGGGGUCAGUUUGCACUUUGGGAAAAAUGGGGUCCUCCACAUGAACGAAGCAGACUCUGCAGCAUUGCUUUAUCAGGAAUGAUUCUGGGAAGCUUCACUGCCACCCUCCUGGGUGGCUUCAUUAGUCAAGCCCUGGGGUGGCCUUUUACCUUCUAUAUCUUUGGAGGCAUUGGCUGUGUCUUUUGCUUUUUCUGGUUUGUUCUGGUUUAUGAUGACCCCGUCUCUCACCCAUGGAUAAGCACUUCAGAAAAAGAAUACAUCAUGUCCUCCUUGGACCAGCAGGUCAGCUCUUCUAAGCAGUCUCUUCCCAUCAAGGCUAUACUCAAAUCCCUACCCUGUUGGUCCCUCUGUUUUUGCUGUUUCAGCCAUCAGUGGUUACUUAACAUACUGAUUGUAUACACACCAACUUACAUCGGUUCUGUGUAUAAUGUUAACAUCAGAGAUAAUGGGGUCCUAUCAGCUUUCCCUUUUAUUGGUUCCUGGAUCACUGGUAUCCUGGGAGGCUAUCUGGCAGAUUUCCUUCUGACCAAGAAUUUUAGGCUCAUCACUGUGAGGAAAAUUGCCACAGUUUUAGGAAAUCUCCCUGCUUCAGCCUUCAUUAUGGCCCUGCCCUACGUUAAUUCCAACUAUAUCACAACAAUUACCUUUCUGACAAUCUCGUGUGGACUAAGCCAAUUAUGCCAAGCAGGGGUCUACAUCAAUGCCUUAGAUAUUGCUCCAAGGUAUUCCAGUUUCCUCGCAGGAGUCUCAAGAGAAUUUUCACAAAUAGCAGCUAUCCUGGUCCCCAUUAUCACUGGAUUUCUUCUCAGUCAGGACCCUGAGUUUGGAUGGAAGUAUACCUUUUUCCUGAUGUUUGCCAUUAACCUAUUAGGACUGAUCUUCUACAUCAUAUUUGGAGAAGCAGAUAUCCAAGACUGGGCUAAAGAAAGGAAACUCACAUAUUUAUGAAGUUAUUCUACUGUGGAUGGAAAAGUCAUUAGAUACUUUAUUUCAUAAAUGAGAAAACUCCAGUGAUGAAAAUUCCAACGGAAAGAAUUUUGUUUGUUAUAGCUCUUUUCAAAUAUGAGAUAAGUUCUUUCUUUUAUUCAGACUUCUUUUGAGGAAAUUUUGGAUGAAUAAAAAUUUAAAUAAAUAAUAAACCAGAACAAAGUUGUCAUCUUCAUAGAAUUAUCAAUGAGUUAAGAGGAGCUGCAGCGUGGGAGCCUAUAUGUUAGAUUCUGUUUAUGGAUGCAAGAAACAUUUUAAAACUUCUAAACCAGGAUGGCAACCUUACUAGGGCCAUGAUUUUUCCAGUUUGGGAAAAUAAUAUUAACUUAAUUUCAUUGGAUUCGGUGUUGUCCACAUGGGGCUACCUGUAUGUGCUCCAUCCAUUUCCAUCCUGCUUAGGUUCCAAGAGGCUGACCUACAUGGAUUGCAUCCCAUAAUUCCUAGUCCACUGGCUUCUACUAGAUUUUUCAGUGGCUGAUCUUUCCAUUACAGUUCCCAGCUCCUGGAAGGCAGCCCUCCCCACCUGCUCUGGUAGCUUCUCUCUUGCCCUGUCCCUUCAAGCUUUUUGUCCCUUUGUUUUGCCAGCUCUGUGGUGCUAUAGAAUUCAUUGUGGUUUCCCUACCACCUGCACAAUUCUGUCAAAAUUGUCUCUUUUAACACUGUAUCCAAAUUACCCUGUGUAAGUCUAUCAUCUUUCCUCUUUUAGGAUUCAAUUAAUUCAGUGGUUUAUUCAAAUACAAAGCUCAAAACAUGAAAGGAAGUAUAUUUUUAUAAAAUGAUCAUUUGUGGAUGUCAGAGGGUUCAGGACAAUGUUCUGAGUUGACCCCUAUGCUAAAUUCUACUACGAAGUAGGGAUUAAAACCACCAAAUCAUUUUAUAUACAGGCAGUGUGAUAGACAAUUAUGAUAAGUGAAAAAUCAGGGCAAGGAUAUAGAGAACCAAGCCUGAAUAAACUCAGCAAUUACUGAGAUCUUGUCAGAGUUUGGAGUCUGGGCUCCUGGGACACUGGAGUAAAUGAGACACAGUCACUAUUUUCUAUUUUAACGUGGAGGACAGACACAAUAAAAGGCAGCAGUAUACUUCCCUAUGUACAAUAGAAGAGAAAUAAUCAGGUCAUUAUGGGAGACCACAAGGGCGGGGUUCCAAUCUCAAGCCAAAGGGCACAGGGCAUCUCCUUCAGCAAGUAAUUCCUGAGCUAAACAUUUAACAGGGAGUGCUGCAGUAAGUUUCCCAUACUAGAGCCCAACUUGUGCAAAAGCAUGAAAACAAGAAAUAGGAUGGAUUCUGAAGGGAAUCACCCACAUACAUAAUUGGGAAGGAUAGAAGAUGAGUUUAGGAAAGUGCGUAGGCCAGAAUAUAGAGGUCUUGUUUUGUCAUGUCAGGGAAAUUGAAGUGUAUCUUAUAAUCAAUAAGGUAGCAAUCAAAGCAAUAUUAAUAUGGGCAGAUUUUCUUGUUAAAUAAAGACACUUUGGCCUAAUUCGAGAAUCAGGAAGAUGAGUUAAAUGACUUUCUGUAAAGUCCACAUGACAGUGGUGAAGACUGAACUAUGGCAAGGAGAGCUGAGAUGAAGAAAAGAAACAUGACAAAUAUUUAUAAGGUAGAAUUGGAAAAUAUUGGUAUUUUAUUAGAUGGAUGCAAGAAAAGAGAGAAGGAAACAGAGUUCUGGGUCUCUAACCUGAAGAACUGGAUAGAAAGUGUUUUAAACAACUAAGCCAGAGACUGCAGGAAGAUGAGCCCUUUUCAGGGGGAGAUAACAAUUUGACUUUAGAACAUGUUGAGCUAGCGAUGAUAUUGGUAUAAUCAAAUGAGCGUAGGCCUUAGUUUCUUGAAGCUGUCCUAACACAGUGCCACAAACUGGGUGGUUUAAAUAGCAGUAAUUUAUUGUCCUACAGUUCUAAAAGUCUGAAAUUAAGGAGCUGGCAUGGUUGGUUCCUUCUAUGAGCUGUGAGGAAGAAUCUUCUCUGCCUCUCUUUUAGCUUCUGGCAGCUAAAAGGCAUUCCUUGACUUGUAAAUGGACUUCUCCCUCAGCCUUCACCUAUCUUCUUUUUGUAUGCAUCUGUCUGUGUCCAAAUUUCCCAUAUUUAUAAGAACAUCAAUCAUAUUGGAUUGACAUCUACUCUAAUAACCUUUUUUUUUUAGAGACAGAAUCUCACUUUG